AUGUCUCAGAAUAAUUUGUUAUAUGACCUAAACUUAUCUGACAUUGAUGUCAGCAGUUUAGCUGGUCUUGCGUCUCUUUUCAGAGUAGUUGACGAGCCAAAAUGUCCUGAAGUUCGCAUUGGCGAGAGCAUAAAACUUCAUGAUUAUAUUGAUAUGUCCUACAAAGGCAAUAUAUUGCCAUACAAUAAAGAGACUCAACAAAUGCUACGUUUGGAAGAAGAAAAAGUAUUAUUACCUUCUUUGACAAAUGUUGAAGACGUUGACGACCUUAUAAAGAGAUUGAAUGAUAUUAAAAUUUCUGAUGAACAAGAUGAUUAUUCUGCGGGAAUAGUGAUCCAAAUUGUAACGAGAUUUUUAGCAUAUUCGCUACAAUUUCGUAGAUCUAUUUCAUGUGUACCUACAGAGCGUCUUUCUUCAGCUGUUUCUGCCGUUUCUGAUUAUAGGAGUGCUUUGAUAGAUCUUUCAAAUCCUUUCACAACCAUCUCUUGUAAAGACCUUGUUUCGGAUUUCUUGGAAAAAGCUCAAUAUUUUCUAAAAUUACCUUUUAAUCCGUAUGUAUCCUCAGUUUACCAUUACCGUUAUCAUUAUCGCUGA